UAAUUUCGCUUCCAACUCUCUAUAUGGCAACUCCAUCUCCCUUCCUUUUUCUGUCUCUCUCUCUCUCUCUCUCUCUCUCUCUCUAUUAAAGAACACAAAAACUGAAAAAGCAAACCAAACCAAACUCAACAAACAGAACGCAAAAGGGAACGCUUUCGCAUCGCUCACUUUCUGUUUCAGGAAAAAAUGGGUUUUCCGGUAGGCUACUCUGAGCUUCUACUUCCAAGACUACUUCUCCACUCACUUUAUCUUCUUUCUUACCUUCGCAAAUUCAUUUCAACUAUCUUCCUUUAUCUGGGUCUUCCUGAUUUUCUCGAACCCGACAUUCCCUGGCCUGACACGGCCGAUACCGAGGCUUCCGCCUCGGUCUCCUCUUCUCCCACGCGCCGCCUUUUCCCGGUCUCAGCUCUGCUCAUCCGGGAAAUCCUACCCGUCGUCAAGUUCUCCGACCUCGUCGACCCGCCAGACAGCUGUGCGGUCUGUUUGUACGACUUUGAAGGGCAGGAUGAGAUCAGGCGGCUGACGAAUUGUCGACAUAUAUUCCAUCGGAGCUGUUUGGACCGUUGGAUGGGAUAUGAUCAGAAAACAUGUCCGCUUUGUAGAACGAGUUUCGUUCCUGAUGAUAUGCAAGAGACAUUUAAUGAGAGGCUUUGGGCUGCUUCUGGGAUCCCUGAAUUCUCUGGUGAUUAUUCUCAAAUUACUGCUUUAAGUUUGUAGCUAUAGCUGUCAUCUUUAAAAGAAAAAAAAAAGAAUUUUCUAUUAUAUAAUUAUUUUUCUUUUUUUAAGGGUGUUGUUUUUUAUAUGUACAUGAAAGAUCCUGAAUAUUACCAAAAUGAAAGAAAAAAAAAA